CGAAGUAAGCCCGCUGCUUCCUCUUCUAGAGGCGCCGCAACUCCCGAGUCUUUUGGCCCGCCCGGCCGCCGUAAUCGGCUUCCUGAAAGAUGGCGGCGCCCAGCAGGCGGCGGAAGAGCGCUGCGGCCGCCGUCGAUGGUCCUUUGUUGCCAGCAUGUCGAAGCCCGAGCCUAACCCGCUGAACGGGCGGAGCCUGCCGGAGCUGCGGGAGAUGCUUCUGCGGCAGGAAAGGCUGCUGGGCGACCGGGCGGUGGUCUCCCGGUUGCCCGACGGCGGUGAGCGCGUGCGCGAGUGCGCGGCCAGGCUGCGGGCGGCGGUGGCGGAGCGCGAGCAGCGGCGGCGGCGGAGCGGCGGUGGCCCGGAGGCGGCUCCCCCGGCGCUGGCGCUGGCCGGCCUCUCUUUGGCGGCGAAGGAGGGAGGCCGGUGCGGGGCCGACGCGCGGCCCGGCGGAGCCCCCCGGAGGGAGAAGCGGCGCCCGGAGGACGCGUCGGCCGCCCGGCUGCCCCCUCUGCGCCACGCGCCCGCGCGAUUGCUGCCCCUGGCCGAGUCGGUGGCCAUCCAGCUCCGUCAGGAGGAGGCCCGGCAGGAGAUGCAAGCUAAGGUGGCUGCCCAAAAGCUAGCUGAAAGGCUUGGGAUUAAGAUGGUUCACUAUGAGCCAGAAGGGCAGGUGAUGACCGGCUACAGAGAAGUCAGGGAUGAAGAGGAGGACAGCUCAGCUGAAGAUUAAUUCCGAAGAGAACUGCCUGGCAGGCGAGAGACGGGCCCUGCUGAAGAGGUUCUCCAUGCUUAGAGCCCCUCGGGAGUGUGCUUUGCCUGGGGGCAGCAUCACUAUUGCCUAAAGUUGCCCAGUGAUGGGCAGCUUGGCUGUGGUUUGGGCUCAGCACAGCUCGGGAGCCUGACAGUCGCUCAUCACAAGCAUCGGGAGAGGAGAGCAACACCUGACCAAACAGCUUUCCAGGUGCUGGGAUUGAAGAUAAGCUAUAGAGGAGCAGCAGAAAUUUUGUAGCUGCCUUAGAGUCUUCUCGAUUGAGGGUUGCUCCAAAACAAACACAGUGCAAGGCUGCAAUAUGUUUUUAUUAGAAUUGUUUCUAUAUUCUUUUUAAUUUACAUUAAAAUUUGGGACCUUUGUGCACUAUGUGGAUCUUCUUGUUAUCUCCAGGAGGAAAAAGAUAUCCUGCAUUAGGGGGGUUCUCUCUACUGCUCGGUGAAAGGAACACUGUGUCCCGCCUGUCCUCCCCAAAUGGCUGGCCCUGAGGGAAGAUUUGGGACCUCGAAGCCCUAAGUCCUCUAGGUCAGAGGUCGCCAACCUUUUGGACCUCAGGGACCACCAAACUCAUAAUUUUAAAUCCCACGGACCACUCAUAUGAAUGUUGGCUGACGGUGGCUUGCUAACAUUG